GCGCCAUUUUGUUCCAGUUGCUGAAGAGUCUUAAGCCGAGUGAACACGCACUCCGCAGCUCCGCUCCCAGCGCCUUCAGACAGCAUUAAAGCCUCAUCCAAACUCCGGGCCAAGCCUCCCGUUAUCGUCCGAAAGGAAAAGGAACCGUGUCGUAUGUCCGCUAUUCAGAACCUCCAAACUUUUGACCCCUUUGCUGAUGCAACUAAGGGUGAUGAUCGGCUCCCAGCAGGGACUGAGGACUACAUCCACAUAAGAAUCCAACAGAGGAACGGCAGGAAGACUCUGACCACGGUGCAGGGCAUUGCCGACGACUAUGAUAAGAAGAAGCUAGUCAAAGCCUUCAAAAAGAAAUUUGCAUGCAAUGGGACAGUGAUUGAGCACCCUGAGUAUGGUGAAGUGAUCCAGCUGCAGGGAGACCAGCGCAAAAACAUCUGCCAGUUUCUCACAGAGAUUGAACUGGCCAAAGAGGAGCAGCUCAAAGUCCACGGAUUCUAGGAGCUUCUUUUUACCCCCUCCCCUUACAAUCUCCUCCCCUUCCUCUGCCAAUUAAUCCCCCACCCCCUUUAAAUAUAUAAUGGAGUUGAUUCUGACUCCUGAUUGGAGAUGUUGCUCCAACACAGCUUCCUCACAGCUAAAAUGGCUAACACCUAGCUGAUUUCCCGUUCCUUUUUAGUUAAUCGUGUGCGUUUCAUUCUUGUUUUGUACAUGUUUCAAUAAACUCCUCAGAUGCAACAUAA